AUGCUGAUCUACAAGGACGUCUUCACCGGAGAUGAAUUGGCCUCGGACUCCUUCCCAAUGAAGCUCGUUGAUGACCUCAUCUUCGAAUUCAAAGGAAAGCACGUCAUCAGAAGAGAGGGCGAGAUCGUCCUUGCCGGAUCCAACCCAUCGGAGAACCCAGAAGAAGAAGCCACUGACGGAGUUGACGAUAGCAGUGUCCAACGAGGAAUCGACUUCGUCCUUAACCACAACCUCCAAGAGAUGAACUGCUACGAAGACACCUCAAUCUUCAAGAGCUACGUCAAGACGUUCAUGAAGAAGGUUAUCGAACACAUGGAGAAAGAGGGAAAAUCGGCCGACCAAGUCAACGACUUCAAGAAGAAAAUCCAAGCCUGGGUCGUCUCUCUUCUCGCCAAGGAUCGCUUCAAGAAUCUCGCCUUCUACAUCGGAGAACGACAAGCCGAAGGAAACGGAGAGGGACAAGUCGCGAUUGUGGAGUACCGUGACGUAAAUGGAGAAGAGGUGCCAACGCUAAUGCUCGUCAAGGAGGGCCUCGAACAAGAGAAAUGC